UGGUAGCGUAUAUGCCCCGGGUCCAUUAUUUGCCUUAAACAAAAAUAAAACCAAUAUGAGCAAGCAACUCCGAGUUUCUAUACGUCCAAGUAAGAAAGCCAGGAGGUGAACGAAUCCCCGGUGUCCUGGACGGCCGAGUGACUUGUUGCUUGGUAGCGAGAGUGGACGGAGGCACCCGAAAAAAAGUUAAACGAGAAAUGGAAGACGCCAUGCGAAGAACCAGGACCGAGCAGAGCCAGUGGUUCUCACCGAGACUCGACAAGGAUGACAAGAGACCUGGACUCGGCUCCGGAGCUCUUCACUUCAUACGCAAUCGUGGGAGUAUGAGACGACAACUGAUGCGAGACUCCAAUCGAGCAAAAAGACCCGAGGAACAGCCUCCGCGGGUAGACUCCGCAGGAAGCAGCGGCGGGUUCGGAAAAUGGUUGAAAGAACACUUGAAAGGAUCGUCAGCUAAAAGUGCUCAUGAUAGUGUCGGUGUCGAUAACUCGAGUACAUUAACAGCGACACCUCUAAAAACACGUGGGUUAAAUUCCUCGUCGGUGAGUGGUAACAGCGAAAAAGUAAUGUCACGGGGAAUUUAUACGCCGCAAAACGUCUAUUGUAGUUUGCCACGUGAGCACCGAAGACAUUCUCAUGAUUCUGGAAAAAGCAAUAAUGAUCCGUCUUCUCCAAGGGAGCGAUCAUCACGCUCGGGCAGUUGUCAUGCGAGAGAAAAAACUUCCCGAGAUGUUACCGGUAUCGCGAGGGGAGGUGUCUAUGGGAGCGAGGGAAAAAGUUCGCGGAGAAAAAACCGUGAAAAAAGGCGACACUCUAUGAACGAGACUCGUGAACAUCGCAGUCAUCGUCGUAAAAGCUGUGUCCCGAAUGGCGGGGCUGCGUGUAGCGCGAUGACGGAGCUGCAGCCAUCUCCAGCGGGAUAUCGCGGUCAGGAUGAGGUUCCAGGUCCACCGACUCACCCGGUUGGGUUCGCAAAGUCCUAUUCCUCUCAUGGGCACCUCGAGACGUGUAAUUACAGUAUCCCUGGCUACCUGACUCAGCAGCAGCAUAUCGGCAACAAGCAGCAGCCACAAAGCGGAUCCCGUGGAUCAAGUCCGGGUGAUAACUACCGCAGCAGAAAAUCUGACAGGUGGAGUUCGGAGAACGAUAGCAAUCUUGGCGACAGUGCCAUUGGCAGCAAGGCAAUUACUAGUUACAAUGAAGGAUACAGCAAAAAAAACACUCCGGGCUACAAAAAUGACAGCGGGUACAGCGAGAGUAUCGGGUUCGACAGUUAUAGCCUCCCGUUCAAUGAAGCGGAUGAAGCGUCUCCGCCUCCGACUCCGCCAGUGCGAGACGCCUCGAGCCUCAAGGGCGUCUGUUGCGGUCCAGGCCACGAAAAGUAUCCCUCUUGGCCUUCCACCGCCUCGGAGCACCACCAUCAUCACCAGCAUUAUCCAGACAAUGAAAUUGACUCACCGAGUGCUGACGUUGAGUGCUCGCAGUCCGGAUCUCACAGAUCUAAAUCCUGGACAGACGAUACCAACUAUCCUAAAGAGAAACCAGUGCAAUACUCGAGGCCUCUUGCAAAACGACCCAAUCCCACUUUUACCCAACAGCUAAAGACCGUGAUGGAGAGAUGCGAGAAAAUACCAACAGAGAAUUACGAGUCCCGGGGCAGCAGGAGCAGCCUCGAGGAGGAUCAGACUCGGCUCUGGCCGCGCGUUGAUCGAGAGUCCAAGUCUCUGGGUCCCACCGAUCCCGAGUAUGUUGUUGCAUCUUCUCCGUCCGAGCGUGAUCAGCAUCAACAUCAACAUCAGCAGCAGCAACAGCAGCAGAAACAGUCGCCUCAGACACUCAGUCAUGCUGAUCUUGAGGCGUACGUCAGAAAUUAUCACGAUCCCCAAGUAUCUCAGGUUGAUAUUUAUCGGGAGACCACCUUAACUCAAGCCGGGUUGGAAGAGUACACUAGAGUCCAACACUCACAGCAGGCAAGUUACGCUCAAUCUGAAGGCUAUCACAGCUACGUCUCCAGUGUUGACUCUACUACCAAUACUCCUUUUUUGGACCGAUUGCGACGUGAUAGCGAAGCAGUUGCACAACGGACAGCGCCUUCCUGGGAAGAAACAUCUCGUGAAGGGAGAGAUAGCGUCGUAACAACAUCAAGCGGCGGCAGUGCAUCAAGCAGCGAAACUCUUAAAUGGCACGGGUCCAUGUCGGACGUUAGUGUUUCCUCGGGUCUGCCUACAAGGCAGGUGAACGGCGGCGACGUUUGGCCCCACGGGUCCAUGUCAGAUGUGAGCAGCGUCAACGGUGUUGUGACCAGCGGGAUUAAAAAACAUCUCGAUAGCGAUCAUGACAAGUGGCAAGGAUCUAUGAGCGACGUCAGCUCAUCUCUGAUGAUCAGCACUAAGCUGAGACACUCAAACAAUAUUAAUAACAGCAACGGCAACAGCAACAGCAAUGGCAACAGCAACAAUAACAUCAAUAUGAACAAUAAUGAUAGCAAAUGGCAAGAAAACAAAUGGCAGGCGACGAUGAACGACCGUAACUGUAAACAGAUAAGCGGCAGGACUAGUUUACCAUCAGUUAUCAGUCACUACGCGUCAGUGAAUGAUGUUUGUCAAGCUAGUUCUGUAAGAGAUGGUGGCAAGUGGCAGGAUUCCAGUAUAGAUGAAGAAACACACGACAAGUCUAAAGGGAUUCAGCGCGGCUGGGAGUCUUGUAUUAAUGUCGAUCAAGCGAGAUAUAAUCACAAUUCACGACCUAUGCCGCAGAGUUCAAUGUCCCAGUCUCAGCUUCAGCAUCAACAUCACCAACAACAGUCCCAGCCACAACAGCACGGCUCAGACGAUUGGAAUCCGCUCCUCGGGUCUAUGUCUGAUGUCAGCCAGGCAAAUAUAUCAAUCCAUGCUAGCAGUAAACAGCUCAUUGCUCACAGCGCGCGAGUCCAAACGCCUCAGAGACAUCAUUCAGAGAGUGUUUUAUAUCUCGAUAGAGAAAGAACGCUGAGAAAACUGUAUCCGGUAUCGACGACGAGCCAGCCGCGCGAUGAACCUGGACAAACUAGAAUAUCCCCGGUAUCGCCACAACAGACUCAUUUAUCAGUCGCUGAGAGAAUUAAUGAAUUAGAAAAACAGCAGAUGCGUUACACGUAUUUAGAUCCAGAGAAACGUCAUCGUGUAUCUGAUCCGACGCUCAAGGCUAUCCAGAAGAAAGCGCUGCUAUCUUACUACGAGAGGCACCAUCAAUCUUCUUGGCGAUCCGAGCCUCAGCUUGCCCAGGGUGUUGUAGUACCAGCACAAAGCCCUCCACCGCAGCCGCCGCCACGGCCUCGGCCUCCGUCCUCAAGGCGCGCCAGCUCCGCGUCCGACUACGCGAGUAUCAGUUGGCGAGAUAAAGCAAACGGCAGCUCGAGGAAUCACAACGAAUUACCUGGUCCCAAACACCAGCACAGCAACAGCUGCGGAAGCCUCUCGACUGACUUGCUGGGUCCAGUAAUUGUCGGCCCUGCUAUUUCUAUUGAUGACUGGGUGCCCGAAAGGCCGCCUAAGAAGCCGCAUCUGCGCGCAGUUUUCAACGAUCGAGUGCCAAGUCCAGAUUUGCCGCCACCGUCUCCACCAACUGUUACCGAGAGCGAGGUAUUGAAUUGCGACGAGCCGCUUCCACCGCCUCCGCCACCCCUGGGUGAGCCUGAUCGCAACCUCGAGGCUGCUGGCAUCAAGGAGACCGAUCAGCACGAAGAAAUAAAGCGUCAUCGAAGCCAGAUUGAGCCCGGCUCUACGCGCAGAUCCAAACACUCAAAGAGAUCUUCUGAUAGCAACAAUAAAUCAUCAGCAGUAACAUCGCCAGUAUCAUCUCCAACUAAAAAUAACCCCAAGCAACAGCAUACCGAUGAGCAUCAUCCAUUUAUCCGUGCUGGUCCAUUGAAGCCUUCAGACGCUGGCGAAUUUACUUGCGAUAAUCCCAGCCUCGGCGGGUACGCUACGCACAGAGUAAUAACAACUGGUAGAUCUAGUCUUCGUUAUCCAGCUGCGCAAAAACUUGUAGUAAAUAGUCGUGUGGCAGCUUCUGCUGGUAGUUCCACUGCUGGUCCUGGUUCUGGUUCUGGUCCUGCUGCCGCUAAACGGAUUUCUGAAGAACGCAAUAAUUUAUCCCGACCACCAGCGCGAUUACCAGACCUGGUAUCAACAAGAUACUCAAGUAGUGGAAUCUGCGACUCGGGCAAUCAACGGCCGGCAUUGCAAGUGCCCGUCGAGUCACGCAUAAUUCGCCAGGAAUCGAUGCGGGUGGAGAGCACGAGAGUCGACGCCUCUGGUCUUGUGAAGAUUGAUGAUAAUCGAUUGCUAGAGUCGUCAACAGGACAAAGACCUCAGCCUCAAGUGCCCAAGACUACCGGGUUAGACAAGACAUCGUAUGUGUCCCAGCAGCCACGACCCAAUUAUCUGCCUCUAUCCGACAUCAAGAAUAACAACAACAACAACAACAACAACAACAACAAUAAUAAUAAUAAUAAUAAUAACAAUAAAUAUUCCGAUGCGCUCGGGUACUCAGUCGGUACUGCAGUUAAGACUUCCUACGAAGCCAACGCAAAAUUACUGGCAGAGGGAAAUCCCCAGAAGUAUCACGAGCCCCCGAAAUACGUUGCUAAUCGACAUGGGGAUGGAACGAUGAGAAAUUAUUAUGUUCUUCCUUCCAAGUACACUGACAGCUCGAUCCAGUCGGCUCAACAGUGCACCGACAGAUUCGCUACUUCACCGAGCUCGCCGCCUCCGCCUCUUGCCCCGAGACAAAAUACUUGCUUGAGGAAAUCACUGCCAGCGCCUCCGCGUCCUGCGCCUCCGCAUUCCGUCCAAGGAAGCCAAUCAAAGGCAUCCUACUUGGCAUACAAACGUGAACGCGGCGCUCCCGAUAGCGAAGGCAGCUACAAACGUACAAUGUCACCAACAGCGCGACUGGAAGAUUGGCCGCCCCCUCGAGACCGUGAUGAUCCAGUUUUGUUGCGCGUUACGCCGCACCACCCGCUUCACAAUAAUAAUAAUCAUAUCAACAACAACAAUAACAAAAACAACUCAAGUCACAAUGAGUUGGCAAAGUCUCACAGCGUCGACGCUCUUCAUCAUCGCAUCGAAGAGCGCACGAACGCCCACUCGGUCGAGGUACUGGGUAAGCUGUCGCAUGAACUCAGCAAAAAGCUGCAGGCCAGCGACACGCGACCCAGAUCCGAAAGUAACAACAACAGCAUUCUUAAUAAUAAUAACAAUAAUAACAAUAGUAAUAUUAAUAAUUCUAACAGUAAUAAUAAUAACAAUAAUAAUAAUAAUAACAACAACGAAGAUCGGCUGCACCGGCAAAUUGACAAGAGAGACCUCAAAGAACGCGUGUCGCCUCAGAGUGUUCAAGUUUUGAAUGACAGAAACCGGCAGCUUGAACGCGAGCGUCGUAAGCUCGCGGCAAAUUGUGAAACUAUUGGAGAACCUGAAUUACUUAAUAGUGAGACUAAAAAUGGAAUCGAAGAUUUUUAUAUUGAAAGAAGCGCAACUAUUGAAAUGACAUCUCGAAAUGUCGAAUUGUUGAACCGUAGAAAUAUUUUGCCAGAAAAAAGACACUCGACAACUGGAACCACCACUGAAAUUGAUAAUGACAAUUCGUUGUCUUCAACAUCAACGUCGACGUCAACUUCGAGCUCGCCAUUUGCCGAUAAAUCGCCACCGACAACAUCUCCGAGGUUUACAAAACUACACAAAAAUGACCAAGUCCAGUUGAGAUCACGCGGCGCCGUGCCGAGAAGAUCCGGCAGCUGCUCGAGUUCCAGUUCCUCAAGAUCUUCACUAGAUCAAGGGUUAACGCACUCGCGUUCCUCGCCGUCUAAAAUCUAUUCCAACAGCAACUCACUGCAGAGUCGCAGCGAGCACAGGAAGUCACUUCCGGAGUUAGAGAACGUGAAGGAAACGUACCCGAGUCCGCGCAGCAAAGUGUCCAGUCCCGCGCAGACAGAGAGCUCGUGGAUUAAAUUGGGCGGCAGUCAAACGGAGAAUCUGUUCAUGAGUCGUCUGCGCCGGUCGCCUUCCUCGGGUUCAAGGUCCUCGUCUCUGUCAAGUGCCUCCAAGAUUUCAAGCUCUUCUUCCUCUUUAUCCCCGAGAUACUCUCCAGUCGAAGGCAAAGUCGCCUCUCCCUGCGUGUCGCCGCAGCCCGGAAUCGAGGGCCUCACUCUCGUGCAAAGAACUGAAGUUAUUCUCCGCGUCAACACCACCACCAUGGACGUCGCUUCGCAGACAGAAGCUCUGGACGAAGAGGAGCCCGUGAAAGAGAUCAACCAGAGUCCGAUGAUUGCCGAGCCGCGGCGUAAACUCCCCGAGGAAAUCGAGUGCGAGAAGUUAAGUCGGGACUUGGCCAAUCAAUUGGGACCCAACGAUAAACUUGUUCCAAUUCUAGUGCCAGUGCCAGAGUUGAAGAAGCCGACGGAUUACGUGUCCGGUCUGUUCAGGGUUGAGACAACGCUGCAGCCGCGUCCGCGACGUCUGGUGUCAAUGGAAUCCACCGCGAUAUCCACUGCCACGGAAAACGGAACUGAGGACGAUAGAAAAAACGAGAUGCCAUCGACACCAAACAUUCCAUCAAACAACAGUAAUAAUAAUAAUAAUAAUAUUAAUAAUAAUAAUAGUGAUCAGAGUAGUCCGUUGUCACCAACAUCAACGUAUUUGACAACUUCGGAAGGCAAAGCAAGGUUCCUAACUCAAUAUUCUCAGGAUAUUGCUGAUGUUAAAGUUACUAAUGGCGUUGAUACGCCGCAGAGUAACGACAUUGAUUUAAAGCAGAAGAAGGAGGAAUUGGUGAUGAGGCUGGACAGAAAAGUUGUGGUGCUUAAAGCUGAGCAAGAAGCUGUCAAAGAAGAAGGAGAACUUAAUGAAACGCUGGGUGCUAAAGUCGCGUCGAGGAUUUCAGCGGUCGCGAGACCUGCGGAGGCCUCUAAGUAUCGGUUGCAUGUUGAAGAAGUCGGCAAGAUAACGAGUCUUCUUUUGGGACUCAGUGGCAGACUUGCGAGAGCUGAAAAUGCUCUCCAUGGUAUGCCUGCUGAUCAUUCUGAGAGAAAAAUUUUAGAAUCCAAGAGAGACAAAUUACUCGAGCAAUUAGAAGAAGCUAAAAUCCUGAAGAGCAACAUCGACAAGCGCAGUGUGAACGUAUCAGCGAUUCUCUCCAAGUAUUUGAACGACGAGGAGUUCUUAGAUUACCAGCAUUUUAUCAACAUGAAGACCAAGCUGAUAAUGGACGGACGAGAAAUCCAAGACAAAGUUAAACUCGGCGAGGAGCAGCUUGCGGCUCUUAAAGAAGCAAUUGGCUAGUGAUAAUAAUCUUCUAUUUUAAACUAACAAACACUAAUUAUUUAACAAAAAAUAAAGAAACGCUGUGACCGUGUGACCAUUGAGUCAAAUUAAAACCGCGACUCGCUAAAGUGUAAUUGUAUCUUAAUUAUUUUAAAAACUCUACGUAGACUAUCUAUAAAAGUAUAUAAAUAUAUAAAUAAAUAUGUAAUACGUCGACGAGAGCGUGUUUCCUGCUUACAAGGUUCUUACCGAUCGUGUUUUUUGUCUCUCGUAAGAAUCUUGAGUGCCUAGUCCUUGUUAAGUUCGCGUCAUCUCUCAUUUUAUUAGUAAUUCUUUUCCAUAACUAUUUUUUUUUAAUUAUUAUUUUAUUUUAUCUAUUACUCCGGUCAAGAUGCAUCAGCAUGUUAAGUAAUAAUCCGGGUUUAAACUCGAAUGAAAAUAAUGAUUGCUAAAUUGUUCGCGCAGCCUUGAUUUUAUUUAUGAAAGUUAAUAAAAAAUUUAUUUCUUACAAUUGUCUGUAAUUUUUUUUUAAUUGGAUUCAGUGCAAUAUUUUGAGAAAUAAAAAUAUAUGUACAGGGUUAAAUUGUACAUUUAUAUUAAUAUGAAAUGAAUUUAAUUGUAAAUUAAUUAAAUGAGAGCGAGAUGGAUUUGCCAUUAUUGACAAUUUAAAAUUGAUAAAUGUUGAGCAACAAUUAAUGAGUAUAUAUACAUAUAUAUGACUUAAAAUAAAUUGCGCAGCUGUGUGCGAUUGCUGAUGAUGUGAUCGCGAGAAUAGGUCGGGCUUUGGAUAUAAAGCCUUGUUAUUUGGUGCCUUUCUUAUAUACACAUUGUGAUAUAAGCAUAAUAAUAAUAAAACUAUAUAUUAAUAAUGAUUAUAAUAUUAAUUAUUAUGAUUGUUAUUUUUUAAAAAUAAACGUAAUAUAAAAUAUUAUAAAUGAUAAUUAUUGUUUAAAAUACUGUACUACUGGAAAAAGAAAUAAUAAAUUUAUGGAAUAAGUAGUUUACGGCAAUGUAAAUAUAUCAAAUUAAAUAUAUGUUAACACGAGCCAUUUUCACUCAUUACAACACAUGUAGAUUAAUCGAAUUAUUGAUUAUUAAUUAUUAAUUAUGAUAAUAUACUUUGAAAAUUAUGUUUUUAUUUUUAUGUUAAUUCUCUGCUGAGGAUAUUCCGCUUGUGAUUUUUAUUAUUAAAUAAAAUA